GCGUGCGAUUGGCGCAUUUUGGCAUAGUGGAAAGAGGUGUGGUUCGUAAAUAGAAGGGUAACGAAACUCAGAAUCACGAACAAGCAAAACACAAUUUGGGAUGCUUGCGCGAUCAAUUUCGACCCGCAACUCUUCGGUUGAAUCGCGCGACUCGAAAAUUUUGUAAUGACUUAGACUGUGGCAACUAUAGAACCUCAACAUGGAUAGUGAAGGCAACGACUUCGUCGACAACUAUGGAGAGCUGAAUCUGAGCAAUCAAAACUUAAAGAAAAUUUCCAAAGAUCUGUUUAAAAAUCCUGAUAUUGCCAGUUUGAUACUGGAUGGAAACAGUUUCCAGCGUCUUGAGAAUCUUGAUCACCUUACGCAGCUAAUUUGCCUGUCUGCUGUCAGUAAUAAACUUGUUCGGAUGUAUGGAGUUUCCCGACUAACCAAUCUAACGCGACUUAAUCUGUCUAAAAAUGGGAUCGUCACAAUUGAAGGGUUGAGAAAUUUAAACAACCUACAUUGGCUUUCUCUGGCCCACAAUAACAUCAAGCAACUGGAGGGACUGAACACAAACACUGCCUUGGAGUUUGUAGAUGUGUCAGAUAACUCGAUAAAAGGCGUCUCAGAUCUCAGCCCAUUGAAAAAUCUGCAGGUGUUGAAAAUGCAUGAUAACCAGCUGACCACCCUGAAAUUCGGUUCGUGCCACCUGCCAAGCUCUCUGAAGGUGCUAACCCUUGCUAACAACCUGAUUGACGAUCUCAACGAAAUUUCAUACCUCAGCAACCUGUCCAGCUUGGAAUCGAUAACAAUUGCUAAUAAUCCGUGCGUCUCAAUGACAGGAAAAUCUGUUGGGUACGACUUCAGACCUUUCCUUAUCAAUUGGUGCAUGUCCCUUCGCACUAUUGACGACUAUAUGGUCGGAGCGAAAGAAAGUUUGAAGGCAGAGUGGCUCUACUCGCAAGGCAAGGGCCGACAGUUCCACGUCGGCGAGCAGGCUUUGCUUGUUGAAUACCUCUCUACUGUUUGUCCCUUGUCCGACGAGAAGCUGAGCACUCAGGACGAGCAGAAACUGAUGCUGAUCCUGAGCAAGGCUCAACAACACCAACGACAGCUUUGGGAAGAGACCUCAGGCACGGUCGCUCCAGCCAGGGUCAGCUCGCCGGUCCGGAAGCCCAAGUCGGCCUCUACUAGUCCCUCUCUCUCCCAGCACAGCCGCCUAAGAAACACAAGCCCAAGACAACGAAGCCCAGCUUCCUGGGAGAGGCACAACUUUAGCGGAACAAAUUCACCCUUGAUGAGCUCUUCCUACACUGUCGAAUUGCCCGUCACACUGUACGCCCCCACCAACGACAUAAUGACGGCAAGCGCAGAUGCUGCUGUGCUUAGCGGAAGCAGUAGAGAAGGGCUCAUGUCACGAAGCUUGGACCCAAAUAUGUUUGGAGAAAACGCAGACGUAGUGCGACCAAACCAGCUCUGCGAGCCCAACAGUCCUCUUAAGGCAGCGUCAAAAUUAGUACCUGUUCCGGAAACCAUUAUGAGUCCUGACUACAGGCCUGCCACUGCCCGCCACUUGCCAGGAAGCCCUCUUCAUCAAAAACCCAAAGUGAAUGGGGCCAAACUGAAUGAACUGAAGACUUCCAGCAGCACCAAAUCCGUGCCUGCGACUUUGAACUCGUCAAAUCACUCAAACGCAGCCUCCAGAAUAAGCAGGCCUGUAGUCAAUAAUAAAGCAAAGCCAAGCGACCCGAGGCUGUUAAACAGCAGGAAAAGCAACAGCUACACAAACAAAGGUGAUGCGCCCCGGACUAAUACCGCGCCGAAUAAGUUUGCCCAGAAAUCGAAGCGGGAGCAGCAGAGGAUGGACAGCAGCGACGAAGACUCAGAAAUGUCCAUCUCCAAACUUGAAACCAUACAGAAUCUCGUUACCGCGAGGAAAAGCAAAGAGCAAAUAAAAUCUGUCCCCAGCCAAGCAGAGCCAGCGGUAAAUCUGAAACGGGCUCAAGCCGCUGUGACCAUACAGAAGCUUUGGCGCGGUUAUCGGGCACGAAAUUUGUGUCCCAAAGUGGUGGCGGUCAAAAAGGAAAUCCAGGCCAGCCGGCAAGACGACCACGUGCGAAUGCUGUCGAAAGAGUUGAACAGCGCUAAGGCGGCUCUACAAGUCGAGCGACGCCUCCGUUUGCUCCAAAUGGAAGCAAUCAAGUCCCUUUGGAAAGAAGUGCAAGGUUUGCAGUCGCCGCGGACGCCGCAGACUCCAAUGCGCAACUUCAGCGUCCGUGCAAGCAGCGAAUCUAGCGCCGUCGCUGAUCUCACCAAGACCUGCGCCCAACUGCAAGAGCAGGUCCAGCAGCUUCAGUCUUCGCUUGAAAGCGUCGUAAAUUGCAUCACCACGCUUAGUGUGGCCAAUGCCGCUGGCUUUGUCAAUAUGGAGGACAGCAUUCAAUUAAUGCAGACUCAAAUUUUGCAUUCACAGCCAUCAGUCACGCAAGAACCAGAGACCUCGCAAUCACCAAUGCCUGCCAUACCUGUUCAAGUGAUAAAGUCUGCAUCACCAGAGCCUUUGGAGGUGGAGGAAGAGGAGGGUGAGAGAAAGACGUCUCCCAAGCCGGACCAAAACCAUUUGGACAUCCGACACAAGAAAAGCAAGCCGCGGCCAUCAUACUUGCCCAUCUUUAACUCGACGGCCGGUCCAACGGAACCGUUGGCGGUGGAGCCGGUGAAGCAAUUUGCCGGCUCCUUCGUCGAGUCGCUCAUCAACACAGCGGUUCUCAAAGCGAAGUUGUCCAUGAACCAGCGCCUAGUUGCUUCUUCAAAACAAGAAUGAUCGCGCCACUCAUUACGAUCUGAAUUAUUUUAUUGUAAUUUUGCACUUUGAGAUAAUACGAAACUCGAGAGUUGUGAUCAUGGCUUCAGCAAACCUCAUGCGUAUUUAUUUUUUCGUAGCGACGUUGUUUACUGUAGCUGCUUGCCCUUGAGGUUUUGUUGCUGCUUUUUUGCGCUAUCGUGUUUUAGCUUAAUUGUUUGGGAAUAGCCGAGCUGAGUGAAAUGGGAGUGCAGAAACUAUGUGCCAAAAUGAGUCGCACGCCCAUUUCAAAGUCUGGUAUAUGGAAAACUUACAAUAUUUGGACACCUGCACUUCUUGACCACUGCAAUUGGUUUACAUUAAAAAUACUUAAAAUAUGCCCUCAGCUCUCAAUUUGAAUUAAGUAAAUCAAACAAGAAGUGCAAGUUGGAUGUAGUUGACUCCGCAGGUGGGAAAUUUUUUCGAUUCAUUGAUAGAUUGUUUUAAGCACAAAUUCUGAACAAGAGCCGCCCCCACCGCCCCCAGUUUCCAUCUGCUGAGGAAUAGUUGUCAUUAACAGAGAUGAGGAGCUAACGUAAGUUCUCCAUUUGGAAAAGUGUACAAAGUUGUUAGCUGUUGCAUAGACACUUUAAUAAAGUUGCCGCGUAUUUGUUCAAGUGUGUUGAAUCUGGGCACAAACUGCCUGCAGAUACUUUGUGUCUCUAUUAUCGCCGUUAGGUUUCGUUGAAACUAGUGAGUCAUAUUCGGCCCGUUUCCCGCACCUACAAGCCAGAAUUGUGAGUGUUCCUUGAUGGCCGCCUUUAGUUUUGAACAAGUGAUAAUUAUUGCAUUUAUGUUUUGGUAGUGUUUUAGCAUUCCACACGUAGCAUUUUCAUAUAAAAAGCUUUAAAGCUGUUAGUUGGACUCACAAUAGCACACUCUAGGUGUUGCGUGUUUAAACAUGUCUUAUUCUCAAGAGAACCGAUUUUGUUCCUGUUUGCCAUGACAGCCAAGUUAACACGCGAAUAAUAAACAAAGUUGAAAAAGAAAAACAA